GUGGUUCAGGGCUGGCUGACUAGCAAAAUGGGACGAAGCGUGAAACGGAACAAAUGAUUGUGGAGACAUUUAGUUAGCUGCCUAGCUAACUAAAAGUUAUAGAAGAGAUUUUUCAUGUACCUACAUAUGUUGUACUUACCUAAUUUGAUAAACAAAGUCAUUCAGAACGGAAAACAAAUAAAGAAAGAAACACCGACACUGUUUUGAACAUCGGAGACAAUGUCGUUGGUGCUGCAGAAAAUUUGAUAGAAUGAGCAAAAAUCAGGAACAAGACGAGUUUAUUGCUGUUCGGGUCCAAGACCCGCGGGUUCAGAAUGAGGGCUUUUGGAACUCGUAUGUGGACUUCAAGAUAUUUCUGCAUACCAACAGUAAGGCCUUCACAGCCAAGACGUCCUGUGUGCGCCGACGCUACAGCGAGUUUGUGUGGCUGAGGAAGAAGCUGCAGAAGAAUGCUGGGCUUGUGCCCGUCCCAGAGCUUCCCCGCAAGAUGCCCUUCUUCUCCUUCAGCAAUGAGGACUUCAUUGAAAGGCGGAGGCAGGGCCUGCAGCACUUCCUGGACAAGGUUGUGCACCUGACAGUGUGCUUGUCAGACAGCCAGCUGCACCUCUUCCUGCAAACCCAGCUCCCAGUGGGGCACAUUGAAGAUUGUGUACAGGGACACACCCCCUACACAGUGACAGAUGCUAUCCUCACAUAUGCAUCCUCCAAUCGGGGUUGGGCUCAGGAGGAGGAGGAUGUGACCCUGGAGCCCAGCCCUUGUCCAGUUCCAUAUGAAUCCGUGGACAGUCCUGCCCCUCAUCUACCAUCUGCAUCCUUGCAAUGUGCAGACAGCUUUGAGAGAGCCAGUGAGGCCAACACCCCCAAGGAGGACACUCACAACGAAGGCGUCCGUGAGACCAACAGCAACAAACAUGAUGCCCUAGACACCGAUGACAUCUUGAUGUUAAGGGAUAGUGAGGCUGAUGCCAAUAAUGAAGAUGCCCAUAAAAUAAAUGCCCACAAAGCCGAUGAUUGUUUGAUUAAGGCAACUCAGCCCGAAGAUCAGGAGGAGGAGGCCCACAAAAAUAACACCCAUGAAGCCCACGGCCAAGAGUUUGACACCUGUGUGUUAAGGGACAGUGAAGUGAAUAUCCCUGAGAUGGAUGCCAGUCAGGGGGAUGUCUGUGAGGCUGUCAUCCAGAAGGAGGAACCCCAUGAGACUGGCACUCAUAAAGCCAGUGCCCAAAACACUGAUACCUCUGUAACUAUGGCAACUGAGAACAACAUCCAGGAGGAGGAAGCCCAUGAAACCAACACUCACCAGGCUGACACCCAUGACCAUGAUUCCAUUAUGUUCAGGGAUAGCGAGGUGGAGUCUCACAGGGAGGACAUCAGUGAUGAGGGUAUUCACAUGGAAGAUGUUGAUGAAACCAACUCCCAAGACACUGAUGGGCGUGUAGUUGGGGCAAUUGAAGCUGACAUUCAGGAGCAGGAAAUGUGUGAGACCAAUGGGGAUAAGGCUGAUACCCAUGACCACAAUUCCAUUGUGUUAAGGAACAGUGAACUUGAUACCCUGCAAGAGGAUGGCAGUGAGGAGAAUGUCCAUGAGCCUAAUGGCCCAAAACCUGAUACACAAGGUACUGAUAGCUCUGUGCUAUGGGACAGUGAGGCUGAUCCCCAAGAGGAGGACUCUAGGAAGACUACUGAAGACAUAGUUGAUACCAAAGACAGUAACGCUUAUUUGAUUAGGGUGAGUGACAUCGACCUCCAGAAGAAUGGCGCCAGCAUAGCCAACUCAAAUGUUGGUAACGAUGUCAGCGACAGUGAGGCUGAUGCUGUUGAGGAGGAUACCCAAGACACCAACAGUGACAAUGUCAACUCUCUUUGUGCCAACAGUUUUGCAUUCAACGCUAGUGAAGCCAUCAUACACCAGCUGGAUGGGUACAAGGCUGACGCACAGACAAAAACCCAAGAGGUCAAGCUUCACGAGACAGAAAGCCACACUGAGUCCAGUGGCCAACAGGAAAACAUGGACUAAAUGAUGAAUGAAUUAAGCAGCUUGGUAUAGGUUUUCACAAGUCCUGAAAGGUUCAGGAACAAUCACUCCCGGCAGGCAACAUUUAAGGAUCCCUGAGACCUGGAGAGUGGUAGUGCCAUUCACAACAUACAGGGAUACAGUCACUCCUGCUCUCCAUGACUCUAUAUUCCUCAUGGCUCUCAUUGCAGCCGAGCUCUUAGUCACAGAACCCCUGUGCUAAGCAGAUAGGCUGUCUUGAUGGUCCAGAUGAACCUCAGUGGCGGUUUUGAACGGACACUAAAUAAUGUAUUGAUGUACUACUCUCCACACUCCUAAAUCUUCCUUUGUUUAGUCUGUGCAAUUCCCCACACACUCAGUUUCCAAAUUUGCACAAGGGAUGGCAAAUAACGCUGAUCUGUUUAUCCACUUCAUUACUUGUGAAUGGUUUACCCUGAAACAUCAACACUUUCUUGUUGAGCUAAACAUGAGUGGGUAAUUACAUUGGUGGGUAAAUCGGGCUUGGUCACCAGUGGUGUAUGUAGAUGUUACAUAUUCACCAGGACUGCAGCAUGUCCCCUUUUUUGCCUGAAAUUUCAAGAGAAGUAGCGGACACUCAGGUUUACAAUGGGAAUCAAAGUAUGCGUGCCAUUUUGUAGCUUGUUGGACAGGCUGUCAGAAAAAAGGGAUCUAGUCUUGGUGCAUGUAUCUCCUUUGUAUAUAGUGGGCCUUCUAACCAUUAUCUCCACAUUAUCUCCGCAUUAUCUGCACACCAGGAAUACUUCAGAGAUUUCCACUGUAUGUUGAAUAUGCCAGUUCAUUUCUUUGCUGAAAACAGCUGUUACCCAGUAACAUCAGUCUGACUGUCAAGCCUAUGAUGGUGCUUGAAACAGUUGUGUGCUGCACUGUAUAGGACCUUGUCUUGUUUUCAGCGUCAGAUACAGCUAGGGUAAUAUUGAUUCAUGCUUGUUACCCUUUCCUAGUUUUUUGCUCAGAAGAGAGAACUGCUAGUCCCCUUGGCAUGCACACGCCUCAGGGUUUUACAUUUUAAUGGUUGAGCUGUUCGACAUUUACUGGGUUGACUAUUUACUAGGUUAUUUAUUUGCUAUUUUCAGGUGUCACUGGAAUGAAGCAUGACUUCAAGAGUGGUUUACAACAGCUUGGUGUUGACAGCUCAAUAUUUGCAGAAAUAGUCACACAUGCAGAAUGAGUAAUGGUUUAUUUUAUUGAUGACUGAAGUGGGAGUCUCUCUUGUCCAGGUGAAGGGCCAGAGCUGAAGCAUCCAUUUCUUUGUUCUGUUGCUCUGUGCUUCAGAACAGGCUGGAGUUUGAAGAGGGCUAAUCCACUUAAAUCUUUCCUAUUGUUAGAGGGGUCUCCGUGGUAGUGUAUUCUCAGGCCCAUUCUAACACUGUGCUGCAGUGCCACUGGCUCUAUGGAAUAUUGGUUGCAGGGUGUGGUCCUUGUAGGUGCAGAGUACUCUCACUGUGACUGUGGUAUGGCAGCAGUGUAACAUUGCCAUAAUGUUACUGAAACCUUGUGAGAAUGAUAAGUGUAAACUGGAAUAGCCUUUCAGACCAGGAACAGCCUGUCAAGUGAUGUGAUUUUGUUUUAAUUCAAGAGCUGCUGUCCUCAUUGGGGUGAAAAAUGGUUGUCUUGACAUUAAGGGAUUGUUAUUAUGUCACAGCAACUAAAAUACAAACUAAAACACACAGUGGUUGGUUCAUGCUGUAUUCAUCUGAAAUAUUCCUAAAAAUGUGUGAAUGUGUGCAGGCAUAUGCACAUUAAUAUGAAUGAAUUAAUACACCAACAAUGGGCCUGUAGUAUUUCACAUACUGAAAGGUGUGAACUCCACAUGCAUUAAUGCUUUAUGCUUGAGUCUGUUUGUUUGCAAAUGUUUGAGUGCAUUUGUGUGUGUGUGUGUGUG